AUGUGGGCUUCACCUCGUUAUGCAAUCUACAUACUUAUGCUACUUGACGAACUUUGUACAAAGCAGAGAGAAGAUAUGAUGAAAGAAGACAAAAACAUACAGAAAAGAAUACCACGUUCGGUACCAAAAGGAAAGGAAAAGAACUAUAAGUAUAUGAUUUAUACUGAAGAGAUGGAAAAUGAAGAAGACAGAGAUAUGGUUAUGUUGCAUUUAGUCAGAAGAAACAACAAAAGCUUUUACGACCUUGCUAAGAUUUACAAAUCUAACAGAAAUUGGUUCUAUCGCGAAAACUUACCGAUUUCAAUGACACCAAAUGAAGAUGUGAAACAAAUAGUUCAAGAUACUUUACCUCAAACACACUAUGAUAUUAAAGGUUGUACAAUACUUACCUUCAAAGAAGAUUUGCCAUUGUUAAAGGAAAAAAUAACAGAGUAUUUUGACAACUUCAAACAAGUAGAGUAG